AUGCAUCUCCCAAGCCCCUGGGCCGCUGGCCCAGCAGCUCUGCUGCUCCUCACUGGUGUUCUCAGCAACGACACUCAGCUCAGCGCCCGGGGACGGAAAAAGGUUGUCCAUGUCAUGGAGGGUGAGAGCGGCGCCGUGGUGGUACAAACAGCCCCAGGGAAGGUGGUGACCCACCGUGGGGGCACCAUCAUCCUGCCCUGCCGCUACCACUACGACGUGUCUGCCCAUGAGCCGGCCCAGAUCCGCCUCAAGUGGACCAAAGUGACAGAGCCCAUGGCCUUCGUGGACGUGUUCGUGGCGCUGGGCAAGGCGCGGAGAGCGUUCGGCAGCUACCGCGGCCGCACGGCGCUGCAGGAGGACGGGCAGGGCGACGCUUCCCUCAUCAUCCGCAACGUCACCCUGCAGGACUACGGGCGCUACGAGUGCGAGGUCACCAACGAGCUCGAGGACGACACUGGCAUGGUCAAGCUGGACCUCGAAGGCGUCAUCUUCCCGUACCACCCUCGCCUGGGUCGCUACACCCUGAACUUCCACGAGGCGCAGCAGGCGUGCCUGGAGCAGGAUGGAAUCCUGGCCUCCCACGACCAGCUGCACCAGGCCUGGCUGGAGGGCAUGGACUGGUGCAACGCUGGGUGGCUGGAGGAUGGCUCGGUGCAGUAUCCCAUCUCCAGGCCCCGCGAGGAGUGUGGCCGCAAGGACACUCCGGUGGGAGUGCGGAAUUACGGGUACCGGCACAAGGAGAGUGAGCACUACGAUGCCUUCUGCUUCACCUCCAACCUCAACGGCAAAGUUUACUUCUUGAAGACAUUCCGCAAGCUCAGCUACUCCGAGGCCGUCCAGGCCUGCAAGAACAACGGUGCAACCGUGGCCAAGGUGGGGCAGUUGUAUGCAGCCUGGAAAAUUCAGCUGCUGGAUCGCUGCGAGGCAGGUUGGCUGGAGGAUGGCAGCAUCCGCUACCCCAUCGUCAACCCGCGCGCCCGCUGCGGGGGCACCGAGCCCGGCGUGCGCAACCUGGGCUUCCCCGACAAGAAGUACAAGCUCUUCGGGGUUUAUUGCUUCAAGAAAGCUGGCGAGGAUGCCCAGGAGAAGGCAGCGGGUGGUGGGCACCCCAAUCGAGUGUGA